AUGAUCUCUCUCCUCGCCUUCUUGGCAGCCAUCUUCAUGGCCACUGCUUGCGUUGAUGGUGCGAAACUUCCUGUCAGGCAGACCAACGCCGACCGCCUUCGUCGCAACCUCGGCCCUCUAGCCCCUGUCAAGAGGACACCCACCCCCAUCAUCGCUGCUAGGCAAGCUGCCGCAUCUGCAGGCACAACGCAAGGACGCGCCGAGAUUACUCUGGCCGACGGUACUGUGCUCGGCCAUCUUUCUGCUGACGAUCCGAGUCAAGUCAUUGCCGAUAGCGGUUCCACAAGGCGCCGUCGUGCUGCUGCCAGCGGGGACGUCGUGCUGAAGUUUGUCGAGGGCACCGUCAACGGAAGUUUGUUGGCUCAGAACGCCAACUAUUCGCCGCCAUACAUCGGCCAGACUGACGCUGAACUUACUGGCCUCAUCCCGUUCACAAAUGUCGCAGAAGGCGAUUUCUCCAUGAUCUGGACGCUGAACUCAACCAGCGGGGCUCUCUCUGCUCAAUGGACGAACCCUGACGGGAGCAAGCCGUCUACGUACAUCCUUUAUUCCAAGGCCAAAACCCAACUCGCCUUCUCCAACACCGACAAAGUGACCGGAGCUGAAGUAGUGACACUGUCACUCAGCGUUUAAAACCCUCGCGGCCCCCUCUGUUAUCUUCUGCAUGACCUCGUCUUAAAAGCC